CAUUUUUGUUUGAAACCGAAAGUAAAGCUGAGGGUGAGGAGCCUCGACGUGUUGCCGUCACAUCAAAGCUCAGCCGCUACACGGAGAGGAACAGACAUGGCGCACAUCGGAACCCUUCGCACGCUCGUUCUGAUCGUGAUGUCCUGCUGGAUUCAAGCGGGCUCUGGAGGCGGCUGUCCCCCGCUGGAGUGCUGGUUCGUCCGGGAGAAACCGGGGGAGGGUUUGAAGCAUGAGCGGACUCUGCUACACGUCAGGACGUCCCCCGACAGCCGGUCUGAAGAGACGCUAGCGGAGCCCUCCUCCUCCUCCUCCUCCUCCUCCUCCUCCUCCUCCUCCUCCUCUGACGUGGUCCCGGACAGAGUCUACCACGUCACCGAUGGCUCCGCCUCUCUGCUCCACCCCUCCCUCCACCCCCCCCAGGGCUCUCUGGUCAAACCCCAGUGUGAGCUCCACCCCUUCCUCCCGCAGCCCGCCGAUGUCCAAUGGGCCGCCUCGCUCACCGACUCCGCCCUCAGCCCCGCCCACCUGCAGGCUGAUUGGCUGUCUGCUACCAUCCUGGGCCUCGACGGGGGGCUGGCUCUGUCCACGGUCGCCCGCGCUGCCACGGCAACCAUCCAUCCCCACGUGGUUCUGAGCGUGCUCACUGAGACCGUCUCGGUGCGGUGCGGACUGGGCGAGCCGGUGCUGCUGGACUGCCGCUUCUGGGCGGACCCCUCGUCCCCGCUGUCGGCGGGGGGCUUCGCCGUGGAGUGGCGGUACCAGUUCAGGGGUCAGGGCCGCCUGGUCCUCGCCUACGACGGGAAGACGGACCGCCUGGCCCCCGGCCCGCAGGAAGGGGCGGCGCUGGACUUCGCCGGCCUCCACGCCGCAGGAAACGCGUCGCUGGUCCUGCAGGAAGCCGAGGCGCGGCACUCGGGGACGUACGUCUGCGCCGUGCACCUGCCCCACCUGCUGGCCCAGGUGACCGUGGAGCUGGAGGUGGUAGAGCCCCCCUCCCUCUCCAUCAGCCCCUCCCCGCUGCCCCUCGCCGCCCCCGGCCAGGUGCUCAGCGUCCGCUGUGAGGCGUCCGGCUUCACCCCCCUCCCCCUGGAGCUGAGCUGGGAGUUCCUGGGGGCGGACGGGGCCCCCGCGGCCCUGGGGGAGGCCAGCCUGUCCGGCCACCGGGAGGCCUGGGACGGCACCUACAGCCAGAGCAGCCUGCUGCAGCUGGACACCAGCGCCCUGGGCCGGGGGGGGGGGCUGGUGUGUGUGGCCCGACACCGUGGGGGGACCAGGCGCUCCAAGGUCGCCCUAGAGGUCAUAGGGUUCAGCACCCCCUCCAUCCAGGACUCCAUGGCGAUGGUUGGCAUGGCGCUGCUGCUCUCCGGAAUCAUCACACUGGCCUUCUGGAACAUUACUGAAAUACAUUAAAUCGAACUGCUGUUGGCGUUUCAUUCUUAUGAAAACCCACCGCGAAGCCUCUUCAUUCAGUGAGCGAUCGUCCAAGUGCGCGUGCGUGGGGGAACACGUCCGAGACUCCGAGUCCACAGACGCCAAAGUGUCCUAUAGAACCGCGUGUGCGGACCGUCCGUGUCCGCUACUCGUCUGUCGCAAUUUGUCAUAUUUUUAUUUUUUAUGUAUACCUUUUUUUUUUACAUAUAUAUAUUUUCAUAUACACCAGGGCCUUACAAUCAACAGCUCAAUUCACAUUCUCAGCCAGAACCUGUCGUCCGGCCAAACGGUAAAUAAGCACGAUUUUUGCGGUUAAAAAAGUGAGGGGGGGACCCAAGCAGGAUUUUCAAAAGGGGAGGGGACAUGUCCCCCCCGUCCCCAGUGGACAUGACGCCCAUGAUUGUGUCAACCCCCCGCCGUCGGCCAGGGACAGGCCGCUUCAGCACCAUGGACAGC